CUUGGCUAGUGGUCGUGAAGGACUGUUUGCCAGAACUCUAUCCUGUCCCUUUCAGCCAGCCACAUGCGCGCGCCUUCAACGUAUCCUUCUCUCACGAUCUCCUUCGCGUCGGGGAUGUCUACCGCGGAUCCUGAGCCGUGUGUCUCCAUUUAAAAGGUUGGAGAAAUAAAAUGACAGGGGCUCUAUAAGAUGUGACAAGACCCCAUACGAGACGAGGGAGUCCGUUCGUAUUCUGCACUUUUAAGCUUCUCGUUUACUAUUCUGGGCUGUUUCAUUGCAAAUCCUCGAAAUGAAUGACGACUUAGCUGAAUCGGCGCAACAGGCCCUCGACGUGACGCUUGCCGCAUCAUCCACGAUACGAGAGGCCAUUGCCAGGACUCUACCUAUCGCUUCAACCCAGCUUUUGUCCCUGCAGGUCCCGGCUAUCAUUCUUGAUCCUGAUGAUUACCACUGGGACAAAUCGAAAGCAUCAAUGCCUCUGAAGACGCGGAUUGCAGAGGCUAAGCUAGUUGACAGCAUGGUUCCGGUGUCCAAACUCUCGAUUGGUCAAUGUGGAAAAAGUGUCGCCAGAAGUUAUAUGGCAGCCCUCGACCGUCUCGUCCCUGUUACAGCAGCAGGAUCAAACAUGCAUGCGACGAAUUCAACCCAGGCAUUGGACCUACAAUUUCAAGCUGCACGAGACAGAUAUCGAGGAGCAAUGCGCUACCUUGAGUCUGCAGAUGAGAGGGCUCAAGCUCAGUCUAAAAUAUCCACCUAUAUUGCCAAGCAACAGGCUUGGGCCCAGGCUGUCCAGCAGUACUCAGAGGACCAGGCGCGCCAGCGCGUCAUCAUUGAGGAGCAUGAGACCCGGGCGGACAAGCAGCAAGAGCGGUAUCUUGAAUGGCUUAAGGAGAACACGUCGAAGUCUAAGGCAAACGUCCAGGCCCGGUAUAUGGACUGGGUGGUGCACGGAUUCAAACAUGAGGCUGAGUUUAACUUCGCGAUCGUCGAUUCUUCUUCCGCGUUGAAACGCGUGGAGAUGAGUAAGGAAGCAUUGCGCAACUGGACGGUUGUCGAUGGAGAUGGUGUUUCGGAAUACAGCGGUGUCGUGCUGGACCCAUCGGGGUGGGCUGACUUGCUCCAGCAGAAAAUGGAGCAAUCGAAAAUGGGAGCUUCGCCUCCCUGGAUGCACAUUUCCGCCAAGGUCUCCAAGUCGUCGUUCGAGUCCGUUGAAGUCGGUCAAGAAAUGGUCAGCACUUUCGCCAGCUUAGGGCUUCUCGACGGCUCGAAAGAAGCGAUGUCGUUCAUACUCAGCCUGGAGGUCCAGGUUUCUAUGGAUUGCAUGUUGGUGGAGAUUUCACGGCCAUGGCUACACGCGGAACUGUUUGCUGAUCCUGAGCUCGACGCGGUGGAUGGUUUGCCUUUAUCGCCUGGACCUGAGAAGCUGCAUCAAUACGUCCAAGAGAACAAAACUAUUCCGGCUCAAUAUGCGAAGUUUCCAUCUUACAACACCGCUUUUGUGGUUGCUUGUAACAUCGAGCUUGAGUUUAGUGGUGAUACCUCCGCACUGGAAAGCUUGUUGGACUCUUCAGACAUAGAACUUAGUCCAUCGUUGAGCUACGGGCCGUUUGUCAUCCCCCGGUCCUCGAAGCGAUCAAAAGUCAGCACAGAGUCGACGACAACCGGUCUUCGAGUUUCCCUACAGAGACCGCAGAUUGUCGGUUGGGUGCAAGAACUGCUGCCGGAGCUGCCAAACCCCAAGGACGCGGCAAACAAGUUAUCCAAAUCGACAUAGAGUUUCAGUGACCGAAGAACAGCUGGCAGUGCAGGUCUUACGACUGCUGCAUGCAACUGAAUCGACUCCACAUUUCUAUGGGCCAGUCAUCGUGGCCCUGUUAGCUAGGACCGUAACUUUACUCCGGACAAACACA